AAAAACUUGAAAAAGAAUUAAAGAAACUCUUCAGAAAUAAAGAAAAAGGAAGAGAACAACAACAACUACCCAGUAUAACAAACUUACAAAAAAAAUAUAUAGACCUCGAUAAAACCUGGAAAAAAAUACAAAGAGCAAUUCAAAAAGUGGCAAAAAGUACACUACCUAAAAAAGAAAAGAUACCUAAGCUUCAAGACCACCAAAUUGAAAAUGAGAAGUUGAAAGAUUUGAGGAAAGAUAUAAGAGUAACAGGAAAAUGGUGUCGUAAGCUCAAAAAACCUUUACAUUUCGAGAAUACAACAAACUCAUAUGAAGAGGAGGUAAGCAAGGAAGCAAGAGAAUGGCUAGCAGUAUUAAAAGACAAAUAUAUAGAAGAUCAGUCUGAAGCAGGUACACAAGAUUGCCAAGAAGAAACGAAUGAUAGAAGAGAGCUUGAGAUAUGGUGGAAAAGCCUUUACAAAACAUGGCAAUCAAAAAAGAGAAAAGCAGAGAAAAAAGAAAUACAAGAACAUAUUGAAAGAAGACAUGCGAUAAUA